CAAUUCGUAUCAUAGCAUAAACUAACAUCAAUUUAAUUUGUAAGAAGUAAAAAGCCUAAGUUUUGUCGCCGCUACGGCUCGAAAUGCAUUUAAGUGAAAUUUCUGUGAAAAUGUACGGCAGAGAAUGUUCUAGAACUUCGCACUAAGUAUUUACAAGACGUUCAACAUGUUACCGGCUACAGAGGUUAACGGAACAUCUGCAAUGACCGCAGAAAGAUUACAUACUUGCCAACAACAGCGCAUGGAGCGCCAUCCGCGCAAACAGCACCACGUUUGAAAACUCUCGUUUGGCUCCAUGAUGGAGGUAAUGGCGUUUCUGGAUCAGGUGGUAUUUUUUCGUUUUCCUGAUUUUCCAACUCUCUAUUGAUUCCAUAAAUACUACAAACUGCUAUUACCGCAAGAAUCAUCGUUGCUAAUACUAUACCGGCUAUUACAAUAUUUUUUGUGAAAACUUCAAGUAAAUCAGCGACAAAGAAGAGGUAGUGAAAUCAUCGCCGAGGUUAUGUGCGCUCUAUUCUGACAACAAACUUAUUUACGAGAAGAGGAUCGAUAGUAGAAACAAGCUUUUUGAAAUAGUUCUACGUCUAAUUGCAAGGUUCGAUGAGCUGCUUAACCCUUCCAUUCCCGCUUUAACCAUACCGCUACAUAUUUGGAACUGUUUAAUAAGCUAUUACAUGUCAUCUAUAUUUUCAAAAUUGCAUACACCGCUUUAACCCUCGUGCUGCGGCGUGCGUCUACAGCCCCACACAUCCGAUGAAUUAUUAACUACUCCGCGUCAAGUCUAGGUAAAUAGACUUCAAAAUAAAUAACAAUAGCAUUUUCACAUCGCGAUCAAACGAACGAAAGAAGAAAUAAAUAAAAUACGCCAAUAAUCAGUGGUCAAACUGGGAGCGUAUUUAUAGGGUAGACUGAUUUAAAAUCCGAGGCUCUCAUAAUAUCACAGUUCUUAUCAUCCAGUGAGUUCGUAGAGAUCGAUGCAAAUGAUAAUUGGAAGACGCAGUAUCAAAAUGGCCAUUGAAACAUACGGGAUGCAAACAAUGAACAACGCUCUUCGUUUCACGAUGAACAACAAUCGUCUAUCGUUAGAGCAACGAUUAUUUUACGAAAAAAAUGGAUACUUGCUGUUGCCUCGUCUGAUAUCACGGGACAUAAUCGACAAGUGUCAUCGAAGGUUCGACGACAUCGUGGCUGGCAAUGCUCCACGCGAUGGAAUAGUCGUGAUGCACGACGUGAAGGACAGAAAGUCGGUCAACAAAUUGCAGGACAUAAGUCGUGACGAAAUAUUUAGCGAGUACAUCAAGCAUAAAAAUAUCUUGGACGUGGUGGAAGCCUUCACCGGGCCGAACAUCAUGGCUGUGCACAGUAUGCUGAUAGCGAAACCUCCCGACAUCGGAUUUGGAACUUCCAAACAUCCGCCUCAUCAGGACCUGUAUUACUUCCCGUUCCGGCCAGCAGACCUGAUAGUAGCAGCAUGGACAGCUAUGGAGCCGUGUACUCGGGAAAAUGGAUGUCUUUUCGUGUCUCCUGGCACACAUGCACGCGAUCGUUUGCACACCCACGACUACCCCCCGGGAACGGAGCCAGGCUCUGUCAACAAAUUCUACCACGGGAUCCUGGAUCUGCCCGAGUCGAUGGAUUGGGUGCACCUAGAAAUGGAACCGGGCGACACUGUAUUUUUUCACCCUCUGUUAAUCCACGGAUCCGGCGUGAACACGUCGAAAAACACGAGGCGAUCUAUUUCUUGCCAUUACGCGGCGGCGGAGUGUCAUUACGUCGACGUGUCCAAGACGAUUCAGAGCCGAAUCGAAGACGAGAUUAUGGAGCACGUACGCAAACGAUUCCCCGGCGUCGAGGCCAAGUUUCAAGACGUGUGGCGUUUCAGAUCGAUCCUUGCGCGCGGGAUUCGAUCGUCUCUAUGA